AGUCAUGUGAGUAGAGAAUGGGCUGGGCUGUACACAGCGCGAACGCUGAUUGGCUUGCUCUUUGCUCGUCCAGCAGCUCCCCAGGAAGACCUAGGCUUUCUGUUUUCACCGGGUUCAUUCGUGGGAUGAAGAUCGGUGGCGAUACAUUUGUGUAAUCGGUCAUCACUAGACGGUCAUUCGUAGUUAUGCUUCGUCCAGCGCUCAGCCUUCUGGCUGCCUUCAUAACAGCUGCCGCAGCUGAUUUUAGCGUGUUAAAAAGCCCGCAAAAUCAAAUUUUCAAAGCCGGAAACUGGCCUAUUCCUGGAGAACGCAUUACUGAUGUGGUUUCUCUAUCAAUGGGUUUUUCCGUGGAGGAGGAUCUGUCUUGGCCGGGGCUAGGAGUUGGCAACAUUUUCCAGCGUCCACGGGCAACGGUCCUAGUUUCAGUGACCGGUGUGGACAAAUUGCCUGUAGGGGAUAAUGAGAUUUCAUACCCUGUAGAAAAUGCCGUUCCUUUCACUAUUGAUGGUGUUGUGAACUCUAUUCAUUCUCUAUUCUCUGAGGAAAUGCCAGUCGUUUUACAGUUGGCACCAAUAGAAGAGAGAGUUUACAUGGUAGGGAAGGCCAAUACAGUGUUUGAAGACCUUCCAGUUACCCUAAGACAGCUGAGAAGCCGUUUGGAACAAGAUAACUCCAUCCUCUCUUCUUUGCCUGCCAGCUCUUUAUAUAGGAAUGACGAGACCGAUCGGCUCGUUCUUUCUGAACUGCAAGUUCUACAGGACAUUACAACUCUGCUUUCUCGGCAUAAGCAUCUGGCCAAAGAUAAUGCCCCAGAUAUUUAUUGUCUGGAACUGACUGGUUUGGAGGAGAUCAAGAAGCGUUAUGGUGAAGACUCUGUAAAAUUCAAGGAUGCAAGUAGACUUUUGUCAGAAGCUCUUCAGAAGUUUGCAGAUGAUAUGUACAGUAUUUAUGGGGGAAAUGCAAUAGUGGAAGUUGUUGCCGUGGAAACAUUUGAAACCCCCCUUGUAAGGAAAAGCCGAUCCAUUCUGGAAUCUCAGGCCAUUAGUAACCCUGGCAGUCCAUACAACCUGGCCUAUGAAUAUAAUUUUAACUACGCUGUUGUCUUCAACAUCAUCUUGUGGAUUAUGAUUGGCCUGGCUCUAGCAGUCAUUGCAGUCUCAUACAACCUGUGGAACAUGGACCCUGGCUAUGACAGCAUCAUCUACAGAAUGACCAAUCAGAAGAUUAGGAUGGACUAGAGUUUGGAUUUCCUAAAGCAAACCAUGCCAUUCCUCUUGCUAUCCCAGCUUAUUCCUAUACCUCUCUAACAGUACCUGCGUGUAGAGACUCUAAUCUCCUUAUAGCACCUCUCUCAUGUCACAGAUCUCUAACCGUCCUUAGAUAGCGGCAGCGAAACAUUGUAAUCCACCACAUACCAUCGCUUCUUUCCCUAUUGAUUGGAGACAGGGGUGUGUUUUUUUUUUUUUUUUUUCCCUGUUGGUUGUCCUCAAUAAUGGUUCUAGCUAAUCUGGAAAGUAAGGGAGCUGCCAUUGUAUUAGAAAUUAUGGAAGAACUGACUGCUUUCAAAAGGUGUUCUUUUUUUCAGUCUGCGUCUUCACAUUUACUAUCUACAUAUUGCUAGAGUCUUGAGAUUGGGAGCAAAAAGAGCCUCUGUGCACCUACUGUGUUGGAAGGGAUAGCAAGAGGAAUAACAUGGUUUUACCCUGCAUUAUUUAAAAAAUAAAUUCCAUUGUUCCUCAUUUUUGAAUUUGUGAGUAUUUAAAGAAAAGGUAUACAAAAAAUAUAUUAUGUACUACUGAGGUUGUUCAGAUUAAAUGGUCCUUUGUAACUGGAGACACAGAGAAAACAGGUUGGCAAAGGGCAGCAAUAUUUUCACUUUGAAAAUCUGUAACUUGUUGGUUAUUAACCCGUGACUAAUAGAUAUUCCAAUAUCUAAGCUAUGCCUCCUCUCUAUUUGUAUGUCUGAUACCCAUCAUCUGGACUGGAAGUGAAAUAUCCCUUGAGGGGGGACACAGACGGCAAUGAAACCACCACACAGUUUCUAAACCUUCCAAAAUGUGGUUUUAUUGCUACCUCUGUCCCCAUUGGGGUUUCAAUCACUUUUGUGUUCUGUCUGAAACCUUUCAAUAGGGACAAAGACAACAACUUAAAACUUGAAGUGGGAGGGAGGGGGGUGUACAGUUAAAGUUUUAUGUUAGAUUUAUUCUCAUUGUGCUACAUAUGUAAAAAAGGCCAUAGUCUCGCCUCGUAUGCACAAAUGAUAUAAAAUAUUCUGCUUGUGGACACUUUUUUUUUUUUUUUUUUUGGCCUGGAUUCUGCCAUGCCAUUGUUUACUUGAUAAACACAUUUCCUUAUGGCAUCAAAAAAGAAGCUUGGGAAAUUUUGAAGCAUCUUGGUGCAAUCAGCCCAACAACCACCUGUCUGCAGAUGGUACAGCUCUAUUCUGUGCCUCUUUCAAGUGGUAUUCGUGUUUUUUUUUUGUUUUUUUUGUUUGUUUUUUUCAAGAAUCCGUUGGAAGUAUUCAUCUCGCAUUCCUCUAAUGGUUGUAAAUGGUUUAUUUUAAUUGAUGUAAAUAUUUAACUGCAGACACCUCAAAAUAUUGAGGCUGUAUUUUCAACAGUGUUGGGAUCUGAAGAUGCUUUAUACAUGGUUAUAUGUUAAUAAGUAAAAACAUCUGGAAAGAUUGGCAUGGUGGUUAAAUUCCUAAACAAUUUGAAUGUUGCGGCUGAAAAAAUAAAAAAAUAAACGGUAUAACACUCGCUACUUUAUAAUUAUUAUAGGGAACCCUUCCCCUAUGGAGAAUAUCCAGGUCUGUUCCUCAAUUCUAGACUGAUCAUAAAACGAUCAAAUUGUUUUCAAAUCCCUUGUUAUGCUAUUUAAAGCAGAACUAAACCCACCAAUUUAACUGCUUCCAAAAUGGUUUCAUUCUAGGCAUGCCUUGAAUGAUAACCGUUAGAGCCAAAACACAGGGGCGACUCAGCCGCCUGACAAGUCGCGCUUCACUCUAUUCAAUGGAACCGUUCUAAUAGGAGCGACUCAAGUCACUCCGACUUGGAAAAAGGUUCUUGUGUGACUUUGGGUGCAACUCGGGCGCCUUGCAUUGACUUCAAUACAGAAGUAAUUUUGCAAGUCGCCUCUGAAGUCUUCUUGAGAUCGCCUUGCCGAGUCGCCCCCAAAGUUGUGCCGCCCCUGUGUGAACCCUCUCCUAAGGCCCAGUUCACGUGCGUUUUGGAGCUUAUUGAACUUCGAGCUACAACACUUAAAGCAAAAACCUACCGUUUCCAAUAGCCCUUCUUUACGUCUGAAUGUCCUGUCGCUUGUAGCAAAACGCCUGUCGCUCAAAGUACACAAGCUACUUUUUCAGGCAGAAUUUUGUGUGUUUUUGCAUAGAUUUCAAUGGAAAUGCCUGAAAAGCACGACAUGAGCUUCUCGCCAAGCUUUUUUUUCUUUCAAUCAUUUUGUCAUGUUUUCUGCUCAAACCGCAGCUAUUCACCCCUUUUUGGUUGAAAAAAUGCCUCUCAAAGCUGCAGAAAUUUGCAUAGCUGCUCCAAAAAAAGCUCAAAAACACUUGAAAAUGUGACGCUUAGGUGUGAAUGUAGCCUAAAGCUACUAGUGUAUUUAUGUUAAGUCUCAACUGAACUAUAAAGCUAUCAAAUGGCUAGUGUCAUAACUGGUCACAUAGGCAGCACCCUGGCAAGUGCAGGUCAAACAGUGGGCUAGAUGUCUGCUUCCUUGGCUGUAGGGGAUAGGGGGGUUUAGUUCUGCUUUUCAACAUUCCAGCUUAGUAUUUUAGUUUUUGUUUUUUGUUUUUUUCAGUCCCUAGGAAAGUAAAGGCAGCUUGAAGCAUCUCACAGGGUAACUGCAGGUGAAAAAAAUUCCAUGUGCCAGAAAGUACCCUGCAUUUGUCCAUUUACACAGGCCCUAAAGUUGGUGCCUCAAUUUUAAACCUUUUUAUGCAUAGACAGCCCACAAUCAAGGUAAUCCUAUGGGCAUAGUGCACAUCAUUGCAGUGCAGUUCAUCGCAGUUAACAAAAAAAAA